UUUCACGCACUGAAAGACACGGGAAAGUGUUGAAGAGUGGGUGGAGAAGCAGAAAGCAGAGCGGGGGGAUCAUGAAGACAGUGUGUGUAACUGGGGCAUCAGGUUACAUUGCUUCAUGGCUUGUCAAAUUCUUGCUCCAGCGCGGUUACAUUGUCAAAGCAUCUGUUCGCGACCCCAAUGAUCCAAAGAAGACACAACACUUACUCGCACUUGAUGGAGCAAAGGAGAGACUUCACUUGAUAAAAGCAGAUCUACUGGAACAAGGGUCCUUCGAUGCUGUAGUUGAUGGUUGUGAUGGUGUUUUUCAUACUGCUUCUCCUGUUAAAUUUGCAUCUACGGAUCCACAGGGAGAAUUGAUUGAUCCUGCAUUAAAGGGGACACUGAAUGUGCUUGGCUCAUGUGCGAAAACGCCAUCCGUUAAGAGAGUUGUUUUGACAUCCUCCAUUGCUGCAAUUUUAGCAAAUGGUAAACCUCGGACACCUGAACUGGUACUCGAUGAGACCUGGUGGUCUGACCCGGAGUUCUGCAAACAAACACAGCAAUGGUAUUUGCUUUCAAAGACAUUAGCUGAGGAUGCUGCCUGGAAGUUUGUGAAAGAGAAAGGUAUGGAUAUGGUUGCUAUAAAUCCAUCUAUGGUAAUCGGUCCGCUAUUGCAGCCAACUCUCAACACAAGUUCCGCUGCAAUUUUGAACUUGAUGAACGGUGCAAAGACGUACCCGAAUGCUGCAUAUGGAUGGGUAAAUGUAAAAGAUGUUGCAAAUGCUCACAUUCUGGCAUUUGAGAAUCCAACGGCGAAUGGAAGAUAUUGCAUGACGAAUAGGGUUGCACACUUCUCUCAAGUCGUCAAGAUAUUGCGUGAACUGUACCCGACGUUUCAACUUCCUGAGAAGUAA